AAACCUUGCAUUGAUUUAGAUUUUGUUUUGCAAGGUGCUUUUGAACAUUCACCCACCACCGCGGACCUUCUCGAAAAAUUAUUUUUUGUGCGCCUAGAAAAAAAACAAUAUAACCCUUUGUCCGCUUGUCUUGUCGCUGAUUACCAAGCUUUAUUAAAAGAAUUAUCAACUCAAGAUAUAAAGUCUGUGGGUAAUUAUAUACUAGAAGAUACGAUUGGUGAAGGAACAUAUGGAAAAGUAAAGCUAGCGACUCACAAGCUGACUGGUCAAAAAAGUACCAUUUCAUUUUCUCUUCAUACGCUUCUUACGAAUUCACUUAUGAUUAAUUCUGCUUUCAUUCAGGUCGCCAUAAAAAUAAUGCCUAAAAUUCACGCCGAAAAUUUAACUCGCGAAAUACAUCAUCAUCGUUAUUUACAUCAUCCUAAUAUCAUUUCCCUAUUCGAAGUUAUACCCACUGAAAAUAAAAUUUAUAUGGUACUGGAAUAUUGUGAAGGGGGUGAAUUAUAUGAUUUUUUGGUUAGUAAAAAACGCCUAAAAGAAAAUUUAGCCAGAAAAAUGUUUGGCCAAUUAUGUCGAGCUGUUAAAUACUGUCAUGACAGAAGAGUUGUUCAUAG